UAUAAUGAACUUCAGCAGAAAUCCGCAAUGGUCAUUCGGAGGUUGGAGUGGUGGUGCGAACAGUCCUCAAGGCGCCUGGCGCAACAGCCAGAACGGCGCCGCCGCUGCUCGGGAUUCUCUGGUCCAUGCGAGACAAUGGGCAAUGGCUGUUCGCGGAAAUCCGCCAGCAGGUAGCCAUCGCCGGCGUCUAAGCGGCGUACCUGUUGCCUCGACCAGAUUAUACAUAUCCUGGCUUGGUAAACAGGUAACGGCCGGGCUGACCGAGUGGGUGACAUUCCUGGAAAUCCCGCGGAAAACACGCUUGUUGGCUGAAUGAAAGUAUAUCAAUUGCCCCACUCGCAGGCAAGUGGCUCAGUUGAUGAAUAUCCGUUCAGGCGAACAGGUCGACAUGCAGAUGCACAUGGAACUAUCAUACGCUUACGGCUACGAUCCAAUCAGGAGGCCACCUCAACCGCCACAGGUGCAGGUGUCGAACAAGUAAGCAGGGAUUUGGUUUUCCCUAUCCAGUAUAUCAAUGACCUCGAUUUCAGCGGCUUCUCCGAAGACUCAGAUUCCUGCUUCCGCCGGGGAUCCUACAUUGAGCUGGCCAGCGGAGCCUUGCGUCGAGUAGAGGACAUUCGCACGGAGGACUUUAUCCAGUCGGCGUUGCGCAGCCAACUUUUUGAACUGCGAGAGGCCACUGUGGUGAGGAUCGACAGGGCAGGAUCCGCCAGCCACGUGACCAUUACCUUCAGCUACGACACACAGCACACUAAGUUGGACUUGGAGGUGUUGCCGGGUCAUCCGAUGUUUGUUUACGGGCAGGGCUGGGCCUCCUGCAACCCGCCACUGUCGCUCCAGCUGUACGAGCUCAAGUGCCAGCAGUUGCAGGUGGGCGACAUUUGCUUGUCGCUGGUGCCGCGCGAGCAGCCUGUUGCCCCACGUGCCCCUCUGCUGCCACCCUGUCCUCCUGCUCCAACUCAGCCUGUUGAAUUUACUGCUCCACCUCAGCCAGUAGAAUUUGCUGCUGCCCCUCAGCCAGUGGAAUUUACUGCUCCUCCUCAGCCAGUGGAAUUUACUGCUCCCAUGGACUCUCCUCCAGCAGCAGGCUAUGGUUUGCAUCCGUUCAAGCAUCCCUACCAGGUGUACGCCCAAAUGGCCAACUUUGUGGCAGUUUACACCCAACAUAUGAUGGAUAAGUUAGGUAAAUAGCGAGAAGCCCCUUAUCAAUGCAGAAGUUUUGUGUUUCUUCGUUUCGUGGAUAUAUUUUGCGAUAUCCCAAGAAAACUUCGCUUGCUUCUUUAUCUUUAAUAAGUAUAUUAUGUACUUUCUGUUUUACUUAAUUUGACUCAAAUAAAGUUUAAACUAAA